UUAACUCGUGAAGCCCGAACAGCGAAGUCGACGGCAGAAAACGCUCGGGUCCAUCCGCUUCUCCAUUUCCUCGUCCUCUCGCCUUCGUCUUCACCCCCCUCUUCCCUCCGUCUCUAUUCUGUGAUCGAUCGAGCAAUCGCGUAGGCGGCAUGGCGGACAAGCUCACCGACGACCAGAUCGCUGAGUUCAAGGAGGCGUUCAGCUUGUUCGACAAGGACGGCGACGGCAGCAUCACAACUAAGGAACUCGGGACUGUGAUGCGUUCUUUGGGUCAGAACCCUACCGAAGCCGAACUGCAGGACAUGAUAAAUGAGGUUGAUGCAGACGGCAAUGGCACGAUCGAUUUCCCAGAGUUUCUUAAUCUGAUGGCUCGCAAGAUGAAGGAUACUGAUUCAGAGGAAGAACUUAAGGAAGCAUUCCGUGUGUUUGACAAAGACCAGAAUGGCUUCAUCUCAGCAGCUGAACUCCGUCAUGUGAUGACUAACCUGGGAGAGAAACUCACAGACGAGGAGGUGGACGAAAUGAUUCGCGAAGCUGAUGUUGACGGCGACGGCCAGAUUAACUAUGAGGAAUUUGUUAAGGUCAUGAUGGCCAAGUGAGGCAACAGAAUAACAGACAAAGUGAGGAAAUUUAGUUAUGAAAUGUCAAUUGCCUAUUUUUAAUAGUUGUAGUUGUGAAACUAUACAGUUGUUUUACUCCCUCAUGUGGAUGGAUGGUGCUCACUCAAAUUAAACCUUUUUUGCUUCUAUAAAUGUAUUUUAUCAAAUAUUUUGCAUCUACAAUAUGAAGCAAUCGAUCUGUUGAAUACAUCUUUCUCGUUUAAA